GAAAAACAGAAAAUAAUUACAAGACUUUGCCCUGAUCAGAACUUAGAAGCCAUCAGGACCUGAAAGACGUUUUGUGACUUUAAAGGAUAUCAUUUUAUGCAAAGGAUGAUGUAUUUUCUUGCCACAUUUGGUCAAAUACUUUUGUUGGGAUUGAUAAGCUUUGCAACUGCAAAUAGCAGCACCUGUCAAAUAUAUGCUGCUGUUGGGGAAAGUGUGACUCUACCAUUUUUUUACAAAGGACUGACCAAGUCAAACACUCUGAGAUGGACUCAUGGCAACACGAUCAUUUUUCUCAGAGAGAAAGGCAGAAUCACUGUGGGGAAACCAGAAAACAUCACUACAACUGGAUCUUUUUUGCUGAGGAAUGUAAAGCUGCAAAAUGCUGGGACUUACCGAGUAGAAGCUCUGCAUCUUAACAACACUCUGGCUAAAAACUGGACUGGUCAGCUAUGUGUGAUGGAGAAAGUAUCGAAGCCUCAACUGCAUUAUAGCUGUGACACUGUUAAGCUUAGCUGUCAAGUUGCCAAGCCUGAGGGUUUGGCUUUUUCCUGGACUAUUGAUAAAAAGACCUUACCAAGUGAAACCAGACAAACUCUCACCAUUUCAUUGAGCCAGCUGAAAGAGAAGAGCAGCAUUUCUUGUAGUGUGGCAAAUAAAGUGAGCGCAGAGAGCAGUGAGACUGUUUGGCCGACAUGCAAAGUUUUAAAGCAAAAUGUGGGGACACUUUGCUUUCAAACUAAAACUGUUGUGGGAGUGAUGGCUGUAGGAGUAGUUCUGGUUAUUAUUUUGCUUAUCGUUAACAUCAUUUUAUGCUCCUUAUACAGACGCACCAAAACCAAAAUGCAAGUCUGUGAUGAGGACAGAAUCAGCAUAGUUUUUGCAAACAAGAGAGAGCCUGAGUGUAGCACAGUAUAUGAGAACAUUGACAAUAAGAAGAGCUGUUCAUCUCCAAAUCCACAGCCUUCACCAAGAGCCGUAUACAAGCCUGAUGUUGAGACAGAGACUAAGCCUUUACAGCUGUCCACAGCUGCCAAGGGGCAACAACCAUCUCCGGUGCCGAAGCCCAGGACAAAGAAUGCCAAGCCACUAAACAUCUGAGUUUGAAGACCUAAUUUAACUACAAAAAGUUCCAAGUGUGAUUGAACAAUGAGGAUAUAGUGGAAAUCCAAAUAGCAUAAUUGUGAAAAAGAAAGUGAUGAAUGUUUUUUGUAAAUGCUGUGGGACUGCUGACAUUAAAUGUUUUAUAUAGUGAUAUGGGUUGAAGCAAUUUAUUUUAUUUUAUGUUUUUCUUAAUAAACCAGUGUUCUAUUGUUUCUCUGUAGUGAUCAUGUGUUUAGAGCAGUGCUAAUUUCCCACCACAGUCAGCAUAUUGUAUUCAGGGUUGAAUUUCAGUUUGAGUUCUAUCUACCAAAGCCCCUUCUUCUUCACAUUUGUGGAUCCCUAAAGGACUUUGUUUAAAGGAAAAUACUGUUGAAACUUUAAUGUGUUUUGUACAUAUUUAUUUCUUUUUUCUUCACAGCAGCUGACACAUAUGACAUUUGAUUUGUAUUUAAUAUGUGAGAAAAUGAAAUUGUGGUUGGAAUAGUCAGGGACUGAUUUUCUCACUUCCUAUUUUCCUGUAAAAUCAAAAAAAAAAA